GGGGGGAAGCAACUUUUCCGUGAAGAAACCUGACACGUUAUGUGAGGUGAUCAAGGUCAACGUCAACCCUGUAAUUCCUGUUGGCAGGAAGUGCCCUUUACAGGUGAUGAGGAUGCUGUCCCAGUUGGUCCAUGGUUGUGACAAAUGUACUACACUGGGAUGUUACAGGGGAAAGUAGGUUUGGGUUGUAGGGAAACUCUAUUCUCUCUUUGUAGCUUCCCGUAAACCUACUAUAAAAUUUGACCUUAAAAUACAAAGUGUUCUCAUCGACCCUUCACGUGGGUUCCUGUGACACUCCCUGCGCACUCCCUCCUUCUCCCCUUCCGUGUUCACAUAUCCUACUUGAAGCGAGAACAUUGUCUUGCAGGACCAAAGUUCAGUUUUCCAGGUCAGGAGGCAAGUACUGAAACAACCCUGUCCUCGAAGAUCUUUAUCAAAUUUGACUAAAGGUCCCACUCCUGUCCUUGUACACGAGGGAACAGUCACUUGGCUGAUGACUCCUGUUGCAUUCGGUUGUCAGGUCUGAAGCCUACAAGGCACUUAUUUCACAGAAUGUCCCUUAGUUAAGGUUUGUGGCCUGACGUUUCCUCACGGUUCUAGUCAAGCUACCUUUGAUAGGGAGUCAGAAAUGCCGUGCCCUUCUCCCUGCCUCCUGUCAAAGAGGCACAUGAGAUUCUGUCCCGUGACUGGUGAGGACUUCCAACCCUUGCUUACGGUGUCUGUCAGGUGUCCUCACUGUAAAGUUACUGCUUUCCCUUUGAGGUUAGUAUCUUGUAUAGAGAUUCUCAGAAAAUGUAGGUAUCUACGUUUGAUCAAGUGUUGAAGCAAAGGGGACAGCAAACACAAAGGCCCUGAGGCCAGCAGGUGCUGGAUGUGUUUGGAGGAAUGGAAAGAGGCCAGGGUGUAUCAAAGGGAACGAGGGAGGGGGGAAAACAGAAGGAAAUGGAGUUAGAGAGGUAACAGUGGGCCGAAGGGACCUUGUGGCCAAGGUAAGGAGUUUGGGUGUUACUCUAAGUGUGACAGAAAGUCAUUGGUUUGGCGUCUCACAUUCCUCUGCUCACUUUAACAGCCUUGCUGACCUCCCAGUGCCUGAAAACAGCAAUCCCUUUCCUAGCUCCGUGUCUUUGCUCACGCCACUCCCACCUCUUAGAAUAUUCUCCCCUCCCUUUGCAUUCCUGGCCCCUUGCCUUUCAGGUUUCACUCCAACAUCACCACCUCAGGCCCUUCCAGGCCACCGUUUCUAAGUUAUGUGCUGCCUGUUCACUUACUCAUCCAACAAAUAUUUCUCGAGUACCUGCUGUGUGCCAAACUCUGUUCUAGGUGCUGGGAAUACAGCAAUCAAAACAAAACACCAGACAAGCCUUGCCCUCCUGGGGUUAACAGUCUCAUCAGGAGGGAGACAGUAAAUAAGAUCAGGCAGUAAGUGCUAAGGAGAGAGUAAGGUACAAAGAAUGGUGAUGGGAAAUUCUCUGGAUAGCCUUUUUCACAAGGAAGGUAGCAUCUGAGUAAAUACCUUAAAUGAGGGAUCUCUGGGAGAGGAGAAUUUCAGGCAAGGGAAACAGCCAGCGCAAAGGCCCUGAGGUAGAAGUGUGCCUGGUGUGCGUGAGAAUGAGCCAGGGUGCUGGUGUGGCAGGGGACAGCCGAGUUGGGGAGAAGGUUGGGAGAUGAACUCAAAGGUGUGUGGGGUUGGGUGGAAGGGUAAUAAAGGACCUUGUGGACUUUCCAGUUGAGGGAGAUGGGAACCACAAUAGAGUUCUGAAGGGAGGCAGAGUUCGAUCUGACUUGGGUGUGCACAGGAUCCCUUCUGGCUGCUUGGCGUGAGGGGGAACAAACCGAGGGGGAUGGGAACCAGGGAGCAGUGAGGAGGUCUCUGCACUAGUCCAGGCCCAUCGCUGGUCAUUUGUCUUUGUUUUGAAACAAUCCUUACUUUACAGCUGAGGAAAGGGAGCCUAGGAGGGGCUGUUUCCGAUCGUGCAGUAAGUAGCAGGAAGAGGAUUUGACUCCAGCUGCCUGACUUUAGGUUCGGAGGGGCCAGAGCCAACCUGCAUAGCAUUCGCCAUCACCUCUGCACCUGCCCGGGAGAGGCGAGCUCAGCGCGCAUGCGUGUAGGCACAAUUUAAAGCGCCCGCCGAGGGUCCUUCGCUCCAGGAGGAAGAGGAGCCCUCGGCUUGGUCCCCCGACGCCGGCGUGGAGGAUGCUGGUGGGACGCAGCAGCCAGCAUCCCGCCUCAGGCUUCUCUUCAGCUGCUGACCCCCACCGCUCUCCCUUGCAGAGUCCCAACGCCGCGUCCCCCGACCCUCCGAGCGCCCCAGGCCCCGACAGGAUCCCCGAGGACACAAGCGUGUCUCCAGGACGCCAGGAGAGGCCCCCUGGGCCGUGCGCGCCACCGGGGCUGGCGGAGGCGCUGAGCGCUCUGGGGCUGGAGGGAGAGCGCGAGUACGCCGGGGACAUCUUCGCCGAAGUCAUGGUGUGCCGUUCUCUGCUUCGGAAGGCCCUGCCCCGGACCGUGACCCCAGAGAUGCGCGCGCUAGUGGUGGACUGGCUGAUCCAGGUGCACGAAUACCUGGGCCUGGCGGGGGACACGCUCUACCUGGCGGUGCACCUGCUCGAUUCCUACCUGCGCGCCGGCCGAGUGCGCCUACACCGCCUGCAGCUGCUGGGGGUGGCCUGCCUGUUCGUGGCGUGCAAAAUGGAAGAGUGCGUACUUCCCGAGUCGGCCUCCCUCUGCCUUCUGGGCGCUGGCUCCUUCUCACGGGCCGAGCUUCUGCGUGCCGAGCGGCGCAUCCUGAGCCGCUUGGAUUUCCGGUUGCACCACCCGGGCCCGCUACUUUGCCUUGGGCUACUGGCUGCGCUGGCCGGGAGCAGCCCCCAGGUGCGGGGCCGGGCGGGGCGGGGGAAGCAAGGGGGAGGGGAAGGGAGCAGGGGGGCAUGUCUCGCGGGUAGGGACGUGGCCUGUACGGGGAUAGGGACGUGGCCUGAUCUCCGCGGGGGCGGUGGUGCUUGGCAGGUGAUGCUACUUGCCACCUACUUUCUGGAACUGUCUCUGCUGGAGGCCGAGGCUGCAGGAUGGGAGCCCGGUCGGCGCGCAGCUGCGGCACUGAGCCUGGCUCACCGCUUGCUCGAAGGGGCGGGCUCCAGCCUCGAGCCCUCGCUUUACAGGUACUGCCCCAGGGGAGCGCCUCUGUGGCUACAGGCACCUACUUUCCUGAUCACUGUGUUUCCUGUCUCAGAUAUGAGAGACCAUGGCAGGGAGGCGGGGCCCAGACUUGACUUUUCUGGGUGUGAGAGAAAAUGCCCCGCAGAGCUGCGCCCGCUCGAGCCGUGCAUGGCCCGCGCCGCGCUCCGAGGCCCCGCUCCCGGCCGUGCCGCCAUCUUUCUCAAGUACGCGCGGCCCCAGCGCCAGGGCACCAGCCUCGCCGCCGCCCGCCUGCUCCGCCGCCCCCAGCCCGAGCCUCCCUGAGCUCGGGGACCCCAGCAAAAAAGACUGUCCGUGUGUAUUCGUUUUUCACGUCAAUAAAGGAGGUGUGUG